AUGCCGGUCCCUCAGGUGCAGAACCGCGAGCGGAGGGAGGAUAGCAAGGUUCGAUAUCCAUUUUGGUUCGGUGGCAGCUCCAGCAGCCUGGCCGCCUGUGUCACACACCCGUUAGAUCUCAUCAAGGUCCGACUACAAACACGUACCGCCGGAACCCCGAGAGGCAUGAUUGUUACCGUCACAAACAUCUUCAAGACCGACGGCAUUCUUGGCUUCUAUCAUGGAAUAUCCGCCUCCCUCCUUCGACAAAUGACAUACUCGACGAUCCGAUUCGGCAUCUACGAAGAGAUGAAACAACGCGCGGGACCGAGCCCAAGCUUUCCACUGCUAGUGGCGAUGGCCGCGUCUUCAGGCUUCGUCGGGGGCAUGUCAGGAAACUAUGCUGACGUACUCAACAUACGCAUGCAGCAGGACGCGGCCCUCCCAAGCCACCAGCGCCGGAACUAUAAGCACGCGAUAGACGGGUGGAUACGGAUGACCAGAGAGGAAGGAAUACGCAGUUGGUUCAGAGGGUGGCUACCGAAUUGCAGUCGUGCCGCAGCCACCACGGUGGGCCAGCUCGCGAGUUACGACGUCGCAAAGCGACUGAUAAUGGAGUACACCCCCAUGGGAGAUACGCUGCCGACGCAAUUAUUGUCGUCGCUGCUGGCUGGCUUGACUGCUGCCACAGUAACGAGUCCGAUUGAUGUUAUCAAGACCAGAGUGAUGCUAUCGACAGAGAAACGAAGUAUUCUGGGAUUGAUUAAGAAUAUUUCUCGGACCGAAGGCGCCGGAUGGAUGUUCAAGGGUUGGGUUCCCAGUUUUCUUAGACUUGGUCCGUAUACGAUAUGUACUUUUUUGUUCUUAGAGAUGCACCGCAAGGUGUAUAGAAAGUUUCAGGAGUAA